AUGACGUAUGCUGACAUGACGUAUGCUGACAUGACGUAUGCUGACAUGACGUAUGCUGACAUGACGUAUGUUGACAUGGCGCGUGCCGUGCAAUGGCCCAAACCCGUGGUGGUGGAGGUGUAUGAUGGGGGGGUGUUGAGAGAGCUGGCGGACAACCCGCAGCAGUUCAAGGAGAUCGUGAGCGACAUCUUCAGGGAGUUUGACGAGGACGGCAGCGGCACGCUCUCUCGCCUCGAGCUCAAGCCCGCCUUCGUCUCCCUCGGCCUCGUGCCGCCCUCAGCCCACACGGAAGUGGACGCCCUGCUGUCCAGAGUGAUUGGCAAGUACGGCGGCAGCGACCUGCAGGUGGACGAGGGGGAGUUCGAGCUGAUGCUGGGAGACAUGGUGAAGGAGCUCUCAGAGGAGCUGGCCUGCCGCCCCAUUAUAUUGUCAGCUGAGAAGAAACCCGUCUUCACCGGCUCCUUCGUGCGCCAGCUCACGGGCGAUAGCAACCGUUUCGACGCCGUGGCAAGCCAGCUGUUCAUGGAGUGGGACAUCCUCCACCGGGGCCGGCUCUCCCGCACAGGCGAUCGCAACCGCUUCGACGUUGUCGAGAGCCAGCUGUUCAUGGAGUGGGUCAUCCUAAAACGGGGAUGGCUCUCCCAUUCCCCCAUCCUCUGCCCCCGUCCUCCCAUACAGCUCACAGGCGAUCGCAACCGUUUUGACGCCGUGGCAAGCCAGCUGUUCAUGGAGUGGGACAUCCUACACCGGGGCCGGCUCUCCCGCACCGAGAUCAUCCUGGGCUUUAAGAAGUGCGCGUCCUCCUUCGAGGUGCAGAUGCUGACGCCAGGGGAGGCGGAGGAGCUGUGGGGAGUGUGCACGGGUGUUCCCAACAGUGGAAAAGCACAACAACUUCACAAGGACAGUCUUAACGCUCCCUUCCCUGUGCCUCAUCCUCCCCUCUGCCCCCGUCCUCCCAUACAGCUCACAGGCGAUCGCAACCGUUUUGACGCCGUGGCAAGCCAGCUGUUCAUGGAGUGGGACAUCCUCCACCGGGGCCGGCUCUCGCGCACCGAGAUCAUCCUGGGCUUUAAGAAGUACGCGUCCUCCUUCGAGGUGCAGCUGCUGUCUCCCUCAGAGGCGGAGGAGCUGUGUGCGCGGGUGUUCAGCAAGGCAGACGAGGACCACAGUGGGUUUGUGGAGUUUGACGAGUUUGAUGGCGUGCUCAAGGAGCUGCUCAAUGGCAUGGCAAAGAAGCUCGACCGUAACCCUGUGGUUACCACCUCAGGCAUCCCAUCACCCGGCUCCUUCUCUACCUGCAGCCAAGGAACCCAAGCCAAAGGGCAAUCAAAGUGGUGCCAACGCAGCAUCUCCUCUCACAUAUCCACUUACACGUCCCCCUUUGCCCUUGCCUCCCACCUGUCCCCCUUCGCCCUUGCCUCUCACACGCCAUCCCGUGCAGCCAAGGAGCCUGAGCCAGUUGUGCCGAAGCAACGAUCAGUGGCCGAUAUCAAAGCAGCGCACAACUACAAAUCGAAGCUCCCACCUGCUGGCUCAGCAGGGGCUGCAGCAGCUGAUGCAAGGAACAAGCUGGUGGAACGAGGAGAGAAGAUCAGUAAACUGAACGAUAUGGCAGAUGAGCUGGAGGCGGAUACGGCUGAGUUCAGUGACUUGGCAGCACAGCUUAAAAAGAAGAUGGAGAAGAAGUGGUGGUGA